AUGAAGACAGUCCAGUUCGUUUGGCUAGCAGUGUUCGGUACGGUGUUGGCUUUAAAAGUGAGCAAUGCCAAGCCGAGUGGCACAGUAAUUGAUCUGGACGCGUAUUUCGAGGAAAUGGAGGCCAAUUCGCAGGAGCGAGUUGUUGGCGGCUCCGACAUCCUGGAGGACGAGUAUGUGCCCUACCAGGUCUCGAUGCAGUAUCUCACACGUAAAGGCCAGCAACGACACUUUUGUGGUGGCUCUCUAAUAUCGCCGAACCGUGUGCUGACGGCCGCCCACUGCGUCAAUGGACAGAAUGCCAGUCGGAUUAGCGUGGUGGCCGGUGUCCGGGACUUGAACGACAGCACGGGUUAUCGCUCCCAAGUCACCUCCUAUGAGAUGAACGAGAACUAUCAGGAGUUGGUCACCAGCGACAUUGCGAUACUGAAAAUAGAGCCACCAUUCGAAUUGGAUGGCAAGCGUGUGGACAAGAUCGACGUGAGUGGCACUGAGUUGGUGGGAGCCGAUCAGCCGGUGGUGCUCACCGGUUGGGGUUCCGUAUUUCAUUUCGGCAACGGACCUUUCGCCAAAUAUCCAACGCGCCUCCAACGACUCUCCUACAAAACCCUGAGCAAUGAUAAAUGCAAAAGGACCAUGACUCAGCUCACAGAUACGGAGAUUUGUGCAUUGGAACGUUUCGGCAAGGGUGCUUGCAACGGCGACUCUGGAGGUCCGUUGGUUAUGCAGAAUGGCGACAGUCUGAAGCAGGUGGGCGUAGUAUCCUAUGGUACGGCAUUCUGUGCCUCCAAUAGUCCCGAUGUAUACACACGUGUCUCGAUGUUCGAUAGCUGGAUACAGGAACGCAUGGCCUAGACUAAGAAUAAAUAAAUAACAGACCUAUUUCCAGCUUUAUUUAACCAAAUAUAUCUGUUUCUUACGCCAAU